GUGUGUGUGUGUGUGUGUGUGUGUGUGCGUGUGUGUGCGUGUGUAGAAAGAGAGAGAGCGAAUGUGUUUACGUGUUUCUAUACUGUGCAUUAACAUCCAGGAAGUGAUAAUGAUCAAGCAGUGAUGCAGGAGCUCGUGUGCACUUCCCUAACCUCAAAGCAAGCAGUAGUAACCGGAGUCUCCCGCGAGGAGGCUUCGCUGGAAAGAGGCCGAGAGAAAAUUCUCUUCGAUUCCUAGAGAAGGACAGAGCAGGGACGCGGUGGGUGAUGGCCGGCUUCGUUGUGAGGGGUGGGAGUGAGGAAGCCCCGCGGUGGUGUUUUCGGCAGAGGUUCUUGGGCUUCCUGACGUUGCUCCUCGUAGUCCACGCCCACAGCAUCUCCGCUGGUGUCCUUGGCAGGGAGAGAACACAAGAGGGCAUUUACGACCAUACCCUCAACGGCAACGUGGACAAAUACCACUACCAAGACAAAUACGAUUAUGGCGACAUGUACCAGCAUGAUAACGAAAGUCUUGAUCGUACCUGAGGCAUACACAAAUAACAACAUGAGACUGGUAGGGUGGAUUAUUCUGGUAGUCAUAAUAAUGUGUUUGCGACUGGCGUGUUAUCUCCGCUGUAAAGACGACGACGACGGUCCCAGGGCAAGGUCACGAGUCAUCCUCAUCCGCCAGCACAUUCCUGUUCCUGUAGAAGACCCUGCUGCGUCCCAAACCAGGUGCGAUCGAGAUUCGGGAGCCGCCACCACCCCGUCACCAGGCACGGAGGAUUCCACAGAUGAUGCUCCUCCUCCUUAUUCUGCUAUAUGCCCGGAAACCUCUCGGGCGCCUCAGUGAGCACGAAAGCCUAUCAGGAACGAAUCAAGUACGUGCUGGAAGCCUGGAAUGUUCAAAGACUUGCUGAACGUUUGAAGUUAUCAAGUACCCCAAUCAAAGUUUGAGUUGUUAAGGAGUGGCUUAAAGUCCCAAGUUAGCUAGUGUUCAGGAAAACUUCAAAUCUGUCAACUAACAACAAAGAAAAAGAAGAA